UGCAAUAGUUCCAUUCGCAUGCUCAGAGGAGGAGUUUGCUCCACUUUUCUGGCACUGUUGAGUAUAACCAGUCUCUAUUGCACACUAUCUGGAGGUGCAAGUCUUUUUUCACCUGCUUCUCAUCUCUUUGGUCUGGGCUGUGUCCAUCUGCUGCAGCCAUGGCACCCAAAAAAAACAAGACUGCCAAAAAGAACAAAGGGGAUAUCAAUGAAAUUACUAUAAUGGUCGAGGAUAGCCCGAUCAAAAACAUUAACGGGCUGAACACCUUGUUGGAGGGAGGAAACAGCUUCACCUGCAUCUCAAGUGAAGUCACUGACCCUGUCUAUGCUCCUAACCUCCUGGAAGGUCUUUGUACCAUGAGGCAGGACAGUUUCCUCUGUGACCUGACCGUCUCCACCAAGUCAAAGUCCUUUGAUGUCCACAAAGUUGUCAUGGCCUCCUGCAGUGAGUACAUUCAGAAUAUCCUGAAGAAGGAUUCCGCCCUCACGAAGAUCGACUUGAAUGACCUUUCACCCACAGGCCUGGCCACUGCCAUCACAUACGCCUACUCAGGUAAACUAACCCUGUCGUUGUACAGCAUUGGCAGCACCAUCUCAGCAGCCAUGUUGUUAAAGAUCAACACCCUGGUGAAGAUGUGCAGCGACUUCCUCAUGCAGGAGCUCAGCGUGGAGAACUGCAUGUACGUGGCCAACAUUGCUGACACCUACAGCCUCAAAGAAACCAAAGAGGCCGCCCAGAAGUUCAUGAGGGGGAACUUUAUCGAGUUCUCUGAGAUGGAACAGUUCCGGAAGCUCACCUACGAGCAGAUCAAUGACUUCCUCAGUGAUGACUCCCUGCAAUUGCCCUCUGAGAUUACAGCCUUCCAGAUAGCCAUGAAGUGGUUGGACUUCGAUGAGAAGAGACUGAAAUACGCCCCAGAUCUUCUGACCAACAUUCGCUUUGGCACCAUCUCAGCUAUGGACCUGGUCAAUCAUGUCCAGAGUGUGCCCAGAAUGAUGCAGGACCCCGAGUGCCAUCGUCUCCUGGUGGACGCCAUGAAUUACCACCUGUUGCCUUACCAGCAGAACAUUCUGCAGUCCCGCAGAACAAAGGUCCGUGGGGGCCUCCGUGUCAUGCUGACAGUGGGUGGACGACCAGCCUUGGCGGAAAAAUCUCUCAGCAAAGAAGUCCUCUACAGGGAUGAGGACGACGUAUGGAAUAGGCUGACAGAGAUGCCAGCCAAGAGCUUCAAUCAGUGUGUGGCAGUCCUGGAUGGCUUCCUUUAUGUUGCUGGUGGCGAAGACCAGAAUGAUGCCAGGAACCAGGCGAAACAUGCUGUCAGCAACUUCUGCAGGUAUGAUCCUCGAUUCAACACCUGGAUUCAUUUGACCAACAUGAUCCAGAAGCGCACCCACUUCAGUCUCAACACCUUCAAUGGCCUCUUGUUCGCUAUUGGAGGUCGUAACUCUGAUGGAUGCCAAGCUUCAAUGGAGUGCUACGUGCCUUCCUCCAACCAAUGGCAGAUGAAAACCCCCAUGGAGAUCCCCCGGUGCUGCCAUGCCAGCUUCAUCAUUGAUGGCAAGAUCCUUGUUAGCGGUGGUUACAUCAACAAUGCGUACUCCAGGGCUGUGUGCAGCUAUAACCCUUCCACUGAUAUGUGGCAGGAUAAGAACAGUUUGAGUUCCCCUAGAGGCUGGCAUUCCGCUGCUACAGUCGGAGACCGGGCUUAUGUGAUUGGUGGCAGCCAGCUGGGUGGUCGUGGAGAGAGGGUGGAUGUCUUGGCUGUUGAGUGUUUCAACCCUCACAAUGGACAGUGGAGCUACUCUGCCCCGCUAAACACAGGAGUGAGCACUGCUGGUAUAGUCAGCAUGAAUAAUAAGAUCUAUCUCCUUGGAGGCUGGAACGAGAUUGAGAAGAAGUACAAGAAAUGCAUCCAGGUGUAUAACCCUGACCUCAAUGUAUGGACUGAGGAUGAUGAGUUGCCAGAGGCUACAGUUGGCAUCUCAUGCUGUGUCAUUACCAUACCCACACGCAAAACACGAGAGUCCAGGGCAAGCUCAGUUUCAUCUGCACCAGUCAGCAUAUAGAAUAUGGCAGGUUGUUUGAUGUAGUCUGCUAGAGGACCAAAAAUCCUCAAGCCAGUCCAAUUCAGAAAAUCCUUUAUGCAGAAAGUGAUCAUCCCUCUUUGAGUUGAGAAAAAAAAAAUGAUAACAUACAAAUGUCACACACACACAUCUCAUUUGGAAUUGAAUCAGAUAUAUUCAAAUAGUUUUUUAUAUGUUUUAUUAAGGAUGGAAUUUCUUCCAAAUUAAGGCAAAUCAUAAAACUGUUAUGUGCGACAUGAAUUCAGGAAGUUGUUUUGUAUUGUGAGACAAAUUUAAAUAUUUUAUUAUCAAGGGAAACAUUUCUUUCCUUUUGGGGCCAAUUCAGCCGUAAUAGCUGAAUCAGCCCUACUCUCCGCAGACCACAGAUUUUAUUCCCAAUAUUAAACUUCUUUGGUGUUGGUGUAUAUGUGCUAAUAGUAACUGCAUUAUUUGUACAAUACACAUAAACAUGCCUAUAUGGUGAACCCUUGUUAUGUCACAAUCAUUAUUUUCCAGUGACAUAAAGCUAAAUACACUGUACAUGGUAUAAUCAACGACUGGACUUAUGAUGAUGAUGGAAGACCAUUGACUUAAAUCCUCAUAUACAGCAGUGGAGGCUGCUGAGGAGAGGACAGCUCAUAGUAAUGGCUGGAAUACAUGGAAUGGCAUCAAACACAUGGUAAACCACGAGCCCGUUCUCCACAAUUCAGCCACCAACCUCCUGUGAUAUACAGGUAUACAACUGUGAUUAACAUUUAAAGGGACAUUUCCAAAAAAUGUAAACUCAUAUUCAUCAUCUCCAGCACCACCCCAACAUACAACAUAUGUAAAUGAUGGCGUGUUUCUAUGUAGAUGGAGGAAGGUAAGUGUUUACACAGACAUCAUCAGUUUGCAUCCAGUAUGUUGAUGUUGUGGUGCUGCUAGAGAUCAUACAUUUCCCUUUAAAAUCUUCAGAUGUCAAUGCAGAAGAUAAAGGAAUUACUAAGCAUUCUUUGUUGCUGAAAUAUGAUGAUAUUGUAGCUACAAGGAGUAGAUGCUGCUGGUUUCUUGUUGGUUUGUUUUCUUUAACACACUACACAGUACAGUCAUGUGAAUUGUAUGUACUGUCCUGACUCAGAAGAAGCUGUUGGGAAAAUGUUAUGAAUGUUGAAUGGGGUCAAAACUUUUUUUUGACAUUGGUAAUUUGUUUUGUAAAAAGAGUGAAUACUGGAAAAUACAGCUAUUAGCCUGAGCUGUUAAGGGUCUAGGCACUCUGCAACAGUGCCUCGUAAUUUCCCUGACAGCUCAUGAUUUAUUUUGUUCUUAUAUUAAACAUUUUAACAAGU